AUGGAGGAGAAGGAGGAGAGUGUAGGGCUCAGUGGGACAUGUGAGGAGGACGGGGAUGACGAAUUCAAGUGGUGGGAGAAGGAAAACAAUGACGAUAGUGUCAAGUGGGUGACAUUGAGGCAUAAUGGGGUUAUGUUCCCGCCGGAAUACGAGCCUCUUCCCUCGCAUGUCAGGUUGUAUUAUGACGGGAAGGCUGUGGAGUUGCCUCCGGAGGCGGAAGAGGUUGCAGGGUUCUUUGCAGCGCUAUUGGAAUCUGAUCACGCGAAGAAUCCUGUGUUCCAAAGAAACUUCUUCAAUGACUUUCUGGAGGUCUUAAAAAGGUACGGUGGUGCCAAGAAUGGGGUUGAGGUGAGUUCAUUUGAUAAAUGUGAUUUUAGUAAGAUGUUUGAAUAUCUGCAGCUGCAGCGGGAGCAGCGGAAGCAAUUGAGUCCGCAGGAGAAGAAGCAGCUGAAGUUGGAAAAAGAUCAGCUGGAGGAGCCGUUUAAAUACUGUUAUUUGGAUGGGAGGAAAGAGCAAGUUGGGAACUUUCGAAUCGAACCUCCUGAUUUGUUCAGGGGUCGUGGGGCUCAUCCCAAGACAGGGAAGCUAAAGAGACGUGUUUAUCCUGAAGAUGUGGUGUUAAACAUGGAUAAGGAUGCGGCGAUCCCAGACCCUCCAGCAGGCCACAAGUGGGGGGAAAUCAGACACGAUAACACAGUUCAAUGGCUAUGUAUGUGGCGAGAAAACAUUUCAAAUUCUUUCAAAUAUGUUCGGUUGGCGGCCAACUCUUCACAGAAGGGUAUGAGUGAUUUUAAAAAGUUUGAAAAAGCUAGAGAAUUGAAAAAAUACAUUGACAUUAUCAGAUCUGACUACCGAAGAUCCCUCAAGAGUAAAGUGAUGUUGGAACGGCAGAUCGCUGUCGCUACUUAUUUAAUUGAUGUGUUUGCAUUGAGAGCUGGAGGUGAAAAAUCCGAAGAUGAGGCAGACACUGUCGGAUGUUGUUCCUUAAGGUACGAACACGUAACCCUAAAACCUCCCUUCACUGUGAUAUUCGAUUUCCUCGGUAAGGAUUCCAUCAGGUAUUAUCAGGAGGUUGAAGUAGAUAAGCAAGUUUUUAAGAACUUGACCAUUUUUAAACGGCCUCCUAAGCAGCCAGGUCACCAAUUGUUUGAUAGGUUGGAUCCAUCCAUAUUGAACAAGCAUUUGCAAAAUUACAUGCCAGGUUUAACUGCAAAGGUUUUUCGUACGUACAAUGCUUCCAAGACAAUGCAAGACCAGCUAGAUUUGAUCCCUAAUGAAGGCUCUGUAACGGAGAAGAUUGUCAGAUAUAAUGCAGCCAAUAGGGCCGUUGCAAUCUUGUGUAAUCACCAGCGUACUCUAGGACGGGGCCAUGCAGCAUCAAUGCAGAAGGCUAACGAGAAACUUGAGGAAUACCAGUGGCAAAAGAUUCGGUAUAAGAAGGCCAUCUUACAACUAGAUGAGUCUGAAUUGAAAAAGAAUCCGAAGUACUUCAAAGAGAUCAAGGAUCUGACUAAAGAGGAGCAGAUGGCUAUACAUAAGAGAGUCAUUGAACGAGAGCGUGAGAAGUAUAAACGUAAAUUCACUCGCGAAAAUGAAAAGAGGAAGUUUGACAAAGAAGAGCUAUUAACUGAUUCACAGCUAAAGUCAUGGUUAGAUGAUGUUGAUGAGUUGGAAAAGCAAUACGCUCAGGAAUUGGAAACUGAUGAAAUUGUUCUAAAGCCUACCUUGUUAAAUGUUGAAAAGUUGAAGGCCCAAGUUGAAAAAUUAGAACAACGAAUCGCCACAAGCUCUAUCCAGUUAAAGGACAAGGAAGAUAAUUCUACUGUAGCCUUGAGUACCUCCAAGAUUAGUUAUAUUGACCCAAGGCUCUCUGUCGUCUUUUGUAAAAAGUAUAACGUCCCACUUGAAAAGAUUUUCACUAAAGCCCUACGAGAAAAAUUCAAGUGGGCUAUUGAAUCUGCUGAUGAGAAUUGGAGAUUCUAA